UUGGCACAUUUGUUGACGGCGUCCUUGGAUGUGUGGACAUGCCCAGUGUGGCAGCUCUAGGUCCCAACCUGACUCACAUUCGUCAAAGUCCAGGCAGCAAUGUGCACUAUCUAAAAGGUUUUACUGAAAGAGGAACAUCUUGGAAUAGUCUACAAGAACUUGAGACAUUCUUCCUGUUCAACGGAAGAGAGAACACAGUUGCGAAAUAUGUUCAGGCCCAUUGGAAAGAGGAUGCAUUCUUUGGGUAUCAAUGCCUCAAUGGCUCCAAUCCGCUGUGUGUCAAGCAGAUCCGCAGCCUGCCACCCAACUUCGCUGUCACUUCAAAGAUGGUCAGAUUUUUUUUGCCGGAGGGGUCUUCCCUGAAGCGUGAGAUGGAGAAAGGACGUGUUUAUCUUCUGGAUUAUGAGAUUCUGGAUCAGUUGCCUGACAAUACUGUCAAUGGCAAGCAGACGUACUUGACUGCUCCUUUAUGUCUGCUGCAUUACAACCAAAAUGAAGAACUAAAGCCAAUUGCCAUACAGCUUCAACAGUCUCCUGGUCCACAGAACCCUGUUUUCUUGCCUUCUGAUUCUGCAGCGGAUUGGUUGUUAGCAAAGAUAUGGGUGCAUAAUUCAGAUUUUUUAGUCCAUCAGCUGCUUUCCCACCUGUUGCGCACUCAUCUUGUAGGAGAGGUGUGUUGUACAGCCACGCUCAGACAUCUACCGGAGAUUCAUCCUCUGUACCAGCUCCUCAUGCCACAUAUACAAACUACCCUUCAGAUCAACAUUCAAGCUAGAGCAACCCUUCUGGCCAAAAAUGGUGUUUUUGACAAGUCUAUGUCUUGGAGUCUGGAGGCAGUAAAGCUGCUGCUUGCUCGAGGAACUCAGCGUCUGCGCUAUAGCUCGAUGUGUGUGCCAGAUGACCUGAGAUGCCGUGGACUGGAUACACUCCCCAUCUGCUAUUACGCACAAGAUGCUAUCAGGGUGUGGGAUGCUCUACAUAGGUUUGUUGAGGGCUGGAGUAGUUUGUAUUACUGUAAUGAUGAGGACGUCCAGCAGGACUGUGAGCUGCAGAACUGGAUUAGAGAGAUCUUCAUGGAGGGAUUCCUCGGUCUUAUUCACAUAGGAAUCCCACAGUCAUUUCAGACUACUGCUGAAAUGUGUAAAUUUGUCACCAUGGUGAUCUUCUCCUGCUCAGCGCUUCACUCAGCUGUCAACUUCUCUCAGAUGGAUUACAACCUUUGGAUACUGAAUAGUCCAGCAGCCAUGGUACGCCCUCCUCCUCAGACCAAAGGCCAAAUAUCAGUGGAUGAGCUUCUCUCCUUUCUUCCAGGAGUGAAUUCCUCUUGUCAUGUACUAAGUGUCUUGAGUCUGCUGUCACAUCGUGCCAUUGACUAUGUGCCCCUGUGCCACUAUAAGGAGUGGUACUUCCGCAGUGGCGCCACCCUCAGUACACCUCUCCUUCUGAUCGUAUAG